UCUUUUAUGUUUCUGCAACUAUCAGUUUCACGGUGUUUACAUUAUAUUUAGCUAGUGUUCAAUAUGCAAGCAAAGGUAGGCAGAGUCAUGAAAAAGGCCCUGAGGUUGUUGUUGGUAAUGGGGUUUACUGUACGGCAUGGAGUGUUCUGCUGAUCAUCCUUGGAGUUCAGAAUUGAUAUGUAGCACUUAGUUUCCAUUUCAUGAGGUUUUGUUUGGAAAGUGAUCAUUUCCUGGGAAGGUAGAGCUUAUUUGAGUAUGCACUUGAAACAUUAAAGGAGUAAAUAUUUCCAUAUAAUAAUUUUAUUUAGAUAUGCAGGACAGGUGGGCUAUCUGAUUGCUGGGAUGAAAGAUGUCACUGAAGCACAAAUAGGAGAUACAUUAUAUUUACAUAAGCAACCAGUGGAGCCCUUGCCUGGGUUUAAAUCAGCGAAACCAAUGGUAUUUGCAGGAAUGUACCCUGUGGAUCAGUCUGAAUAUAAUAACCUGAAGAGCGCUAUAGAAAAAUUGACCUUAAAUGAUUCCAGUGUGACAGUUCAUCGGGAUAGUAGCCUUGCCCUAGGUGCUGGCUGGAGAUUGGGGUUUCUUGGACUUUUGCACAUGGAAGUUUUCAACCAGCGACUAGAGCAAGAAUAUAAUGCCUCUGUUAUUUUGACAACUCCUACUGUUCCAUAUAAAGCUGUUCUUUCAUCAGCAAAAUUGAUAAAGGAAUACAGAGAAAAAGAAAUUACAAUAAUCAAUCCUGCACAGUUCCCUGAUAAAUCAAAAGUAACAGAAUAUUUGGAGCCAGUUGUUUUGGGCACCAUUAUAACACCAGAUGAAUUUACUGGAAAAAUAAUGAUGCUUUGCCAGGCUCGAAGAGCAGUUCAGAAGAAUAUGGUGUUUAUUGAUCAAAACAGAGUUAUGCUUAAAUAUCUCCUACCUUUGAAUGAAAUUGUGGUGGAUUUUUAUGAUUCUUUGAAAUCCUUGUCUUCUGGAUAUGCUAGUUUUGAUUACGAAGAUGCAGGCUACCAGACUGCAGAACUUGUAAAAAUGGAUAUUCUUCUGAAUGGAAAUAUUGUAGAGGAGCUGGUAACUAUUGUACACAAAAAUGUUUCCAUUACCAUGUAAGUUGAAGUAAAAUAAAUUUUUUUUGAAUUUUAUGAUAGGUGUAAAAUUGAGAAUAAAAAGUUUUUCUCUUUCUAAGAAAUUUAUAACAAUGAAAAAUGAAAUACCCUAGAUGUUCAAGAAGUAGCGGAUUGAUUAAAAUAAAUUAUGGAGCACUCAUAUAAUCUGUUUUAAGUCAUUAAGACUAAACUGUAAAUUACUACUUAGUAACAUGGAAAUGCCUAUUAAGUAAAAUGGUAGAACAAACUGUAAUCUGAACUGUAAAAAUCAAAUCUGU